AUGUCACAGGCUGGCAUUCGAAUCGCCAUCGACCGCGGUGGCACUUUCACAGACGCCUGGGCCCAAAUCCCCGGCCACCAUACUGAUAUCAUCUUCAAAGUUCUUUCCGUAUCACCCGAUGAAUACGAUGAUGCGCCUACAGAAUGUAUCCGACAAAUCCUGGAGAUUGCCAGUGGCAGAGUCAUUCCCCGAGGUACACUUUUGGAUCUCGAGCCUGUCGAGUCCAUCCGAAUGGGUACUACAGUUGCCACGAACGCAUUACUCGAACGCAAAGGCGAGAGAGUCGCCCUGCUUAUUACCAAGGGAUUCCGUGAUCUUCUCAAGAUUGGAAACCAGGCUCGACCUAAUAUCUUCGAUCUCUCAGUACAGCGGUUGACUCAACUAUACGAGGCCGUGGUCGAGAUUGACGAGAGAGUUACGAUUGAAGGCUUUUCAGAGGAUCCAGAGCCUAAGACGAUCGACGUGGAUUCUGACCCGGAGCUGCAGAUUGGUCUGACAGGGGAAGUUGUCCGAGUACUACGCGCUCCAGAUCUGGAAGCAGUUCGAAAAGACCUGCUUUCACUUUGGGACCGAGGCUAUCGCUCUGUGGCCCUCGCACUUAUGCACUCAUAUACGUUCCAAGAGCACGAGACUGCCGUCGCAAAGAUUGCUCGGGAGCUUGGCUUCAGAGUUACAGUCUCGUCGGAACUACAAGCUAUGGCGAAAAUUGUGCCUCGCAGUCAGUCAGCCGUUGCUGAUGCUUAUCUCUCGCCUAUGACUGAGAAGUACUUGGAUGGAUUUAGGAAGGGGUUCAAGGGCGGACUCGAAGAUGAUAAUGCGAGAAAAGUCUUUGUCAAUCAGUCUGAUGGCGGAUUGACCUCGAUUGCGAAUUUCUCUGGCCUUCGCGGCGUGCUAAGUGGACCAGCUGGCGGCGUGGUCGGCAUGUCUCGAACGUGCUAUGAUGCAGAGGAUGGAACGCCCGUUUUGGCGUUUGAUAUGGGCGGUACUAGCACCGACGUGGCCAGGUUUGCCGGAACCCUGGAGCACAUCUUUGAAAGCACUAUUGCCCAAGUGACUAUCCAGACUCCACAGCUUGACAUCAACACAGUGGCCGCAGGAGGUGGAUCGAUGCUCUUCUGGGAGAAUGGUCUGUUUAAAGUUGGCCCUCAUAGCGCCGGAGCCCAUCCUGGCCCAGCAUGCUACGGGCGAGGCGGACCAUUGACCGUGACGGACGCCAAUUUCUUCCUCGGCCGUGUUAUUCCCGAAUACUUCCCGAUGCCCCUUGACUUGAACGUCGUCAAAGAGAAAUUUACGGCACUCACAGCAGUCAUUAAUGCCGAGAAAGAUGGCUCGUCACAGCUCACGCCGGAGGAAGUGGCGGUGGGAUUCCUCUCAAUCGCGAAUGCAACUAUGACUCGCCCUAUCCGAACGUUGAGUGAGGGCCGCGGAUUUGAGACUGCUGCUCACAACCUUUGCUGCUUCGGUGGAGCUGGUGGACAGCACGCGGUUGCUAUUGCGAGGGAUCUUGGAAUUCGCCGAGCGCUUAUUCCUCGUUACUCGAGUAUCUUAUCCGCCUACGGAAUGGCCCUUGCCGACGUGGUCGUUGAGAAUCAAGAGCCCGAUGCAACAUCUUUCAACGUGGAAGUUAUUCCCAGGCUCGAAGGGAGGUUUUCCAGACUUAAAGAGGCUGGUGUGGCAGGCCUCAUUUCUCAGGGCUUCUCAGAGUCCCAGAUUCGCCACGAGCUUUUCUUGAAUAUGCGUUAUCAAGGAAGCGACACGGCACUGAUGAUUGCCAAGCCAGAGACCAACAACUUCGAGGACUUUGGAAAUGCAUUUGCCGCUCGUCAUCAGCAGGAGUUUGGAUUCACACAGCCGCGAGAGAUUUUGAUCGACGAUGUUCGAGUGCGAAGUAUCGGCAAGGGUAUGGAUGUGACCCUUUCAAGCCCAUGCGCAGAACUUAAGAAGCUUGUCGAUUCCCCUCCUUCCACCCCAAUCCAGCCAGAGCGAAAGAUUGAGGUCUACUUUGAACAGUGUGGUUGGGUUGAGGUUGGCCUUUACUCGCUCAAGGGCCUUUCACCUGGUACUCGCAUCAGCGGUCCUGCUAUGGUUAUUGACAAGACUCAAACGAUCAUCGUCGACCCGGCUAGCGAAGCUAUCAUUCUACUAGAGCACGUUGUGAUUGAGAUCUCGGGAACGGAGAAGCCUGAGAUUAGCACUGAUGCCGUCGAUCCCGUACAGCUCAGUGUCUUUGGUCACCGUUUCAUGAGCGUUGCAGAGCAGAUGGGACAGACCAUGCAGAAGACCUCAAUUUCAGUGAACAUUAAGGAGAGGUUAGACUACUCUUGCGCUGUCUUUUCAGGAGAUGGCAGUCUGGUGGCCAAUGCACCUCAUAUUCCCGGCCAUCUGGGUUCAAUGAGCUAUGCGAUUGCUUAUCAAGCUCGUCGUUACAAACCCGGCGAGUUGAAACCCGGUGAUGUACUUCUGAGCAACCACCCUAGUGCGGGCGGCACCCAUUUACCUGAUUUGACCGUCACAACACCUGUAUUUGACGAUGACGAGAAUCCCACAAAAGUCCUGUUCUUCGUCGCCAACAGAGGUCACCAUGCAGACAUUGGAGGCAUCCAGCCAGGCUCCAUGCCCCCACACUCCACAGAGCUCUGGCAAGAAGGAGCCGCUGUUGAAUCCUUCAAGAUCGUCAAGGAGGGCGAAUUUGACGAACCGGGCUUGAUCGAAGUUUUGGUCGAUAUCCCGGCGUCAUACCCUGGUUCAAGUGGCACUCGCACUCUCCGCGAUAAUAUCGCUGAUCUCAAAGCUGCGAUUGCUUCAAAUAACAAGGGCAUCCACCUGAUCAAGUCAUUGAUCAAGGAAUACACUUGGCCUGUGGUCCAAUAUUACAUGCAGGCGAUUCAAGACAAUGCUAGCCAGUCUACACGCGAUCUUCUCAAGGUUAUUGCUCAGAAGUUCCAAGGGCAGCCCUUGGAAGCCAUUGAUUACAUCGAUGAUGGAACCCCUCUGGCUCUGAAAAUCACGAUUGAGGAGAGUGGAGAUGCGGUAUUCGAUUUCACCGGAACUGGGCCUGAGCACUUUGGUAACUUGAACUGCCCGCCAGCUAUCAUGUACUCUGGAAUCAUGUAUUGCCUUCGAUCAAUGAUCUCAUCCGAUAUCCCACUCAACCAGGGCUGUCUCAAGCCCAUCAAAUUGAUCUGCCCCCCUAAUACCCUCCUAUCUCCAUCCCUCAAAGCAGCCACCGUGGGUUCUAAUGUCGAGACGUCCCAAAGAAUCGUGGACUUAAUCUUCAAGGCAUUCCGUGCAGCCGCGGCUUCGCAAGGAACCUGCAACAACUUGACUUUUGGCUACGGCGGCACUGACCCCGUUACCGGGGUAGUCACCAAGGGCUUUGGCUAUUACGAGACAAUCGCCGGCGGCUCUGGUGCCGGCGCAGACUGGGAUGGCGAGAGCGGCGUUCACACGCACAUCACCAACACCCGCAUCUCAGACCCCGAGACCUUCGAACGACGCUAUCCGGUUGUCCUUCACGAAUUCUCUAUUCGGAAGGGUAGCGGCGGUGCCGGUCGACACCGUGGUGGCGAUGGGUGCAUCCGCGACAUUGAGUUCCGGUUACCAAUGCAGGUAUCAAUCUUGUCAGAAAGGCGCGUGAUUGCGCCCUACGGUAUGGCUGGUGGUGAGGAGGGGAAGAGAGGUGUCAAUAUCUGGCUGAGGAAGUAUCCUGAUGGGACGAGUAGGUCUAUUAGUAUGGGUGGUAAGGCCACGACGCAGAUGAGCGCUGGUGAUCAUAUCAUUGUCUACACACCUGGAGGUGGUGGCUAUGGUAAGGACCCGAAUAUGAAGGAGGAACAGGUCUUGUCGGAUAUCUUCAAGAUUAAAGACAAGUUUGUGCCUGGUUCGUCGGUCCUUCGGACACAAGGGAGUGUUUCGGAGAGAACUUCGACGGCUACUGGUAAUUAA